AGAUAGACCGUACAGCUCGUGGGCAGUAGGUACCAUUUGUCUAAACUCCCCGAAUAGAUAGUUCUACUCCUUCUAACAGAACAGGGCCGUGUCUUCUGGAUGAAAUGUUCGCUGUUGCUCUUCUCAUGCUGUCUUUGAUGACUGGUCAGCAUGGGGCAGCCGGGCAGGAGGUCAAACGGAGAAUAAGCCGGGCUGAUGAAGCUUCCGCUCCAACUCCAGUUAGCUGCCAGCUGAGCAACUGGUCAGAGUGGACAGAUUGCUUUCCGUGCCAGAAUCAAAAGUACAGAUACAGGAGCCUCCUGCAGCCAAACAAGUUUGGGGGAGCCAUCUGCAGCGGUGAUGGCUGGGAUCAAGCCAGCUGUCACAGUCCCACGGCUUGUCUAAGGAAAGCACAGUGUGGACAGGAUUUCCAGUGUAAGCAGACAGGUCGCUGUCUGAAACCCCACCUUGUGUGCAAUGGGGACCAGGACUGCAUGGACGGGUCUGACGAGGAGGACUGUGAACACAUCCGGGUGAUUGACAAUGACUGCAGCCAGUACGAUCCAAUUCCAGGAUCCGAGAGGGCAGCCUUGGGGUACAAUAUCCUGACCCAGGAAGAAGGUCAGAGUGUGUAUGAUGCCAGGUACUACGGUGGCCAGUGUGAGACAGUAUACAACGGGGAAUGGAGGGAGCUUCGAUAUGACCCCACCUGUGAGCGUCUCUACUAUGGAGAUGAUGAGAAGUACUUUCGGAAACCCUACAACUUUAUGAAGUACCACUUUGAAGCCCUGGUUGACACAGAAAGCUCCUCAGAGUUCUAUGAUGAUGCAAACAGCCUUCUCUCUGAAAUGCGAAAGGACAAGUCUGUGUCAUGGGGAGUGACCAUUGGUAUAAGCUUGAUGAGCAUCCCCAUAGGUGUGGAGGGGGGUGUAUCUGGAUCAAAAGACUCUUCAUUCUUGGAGAAGUUAACCAAGUAUAAUGAGCAGAAUUAUGGUUUCAUCAGAAUUUUCACCAAGGUGCAGACUGCUCAUUUUAAGAUGAGGCGGGAUAAUAUCGUACUGGAUGAAGGAAUGCUGGAAUCGUUAAUGGAACUGCCGGAGCAAUACAAUUAUGGCAUGUAUGCCAAGUUCAUCAAUGACUAUGGCACCCAUUACAUUACAUCUGGAUCAAUGGGCGGCACUUAUGAGUAUAUUCUGGUGCUUGACAAAGAGCAGAUGGAAUCAUCUGGUCUUACCAGCCAUGAUGCUGAGAGAUGCUUCGGAGGCUCCUUCAGCAUUGACAGCAAAUUGAAGAAAAUCAUAGGAGUGGAAGGAGCUCUAACAGGAGAAAGCUGUACACGAUUUGGCGGUGGCCACACAGACCACAACGUGAAGAGCUCUGUUGUGAAAGACGUCAUUUCUCGGGUCCGAGGCGGCAGUGCUGGCUCAGGAGGUGGCUUGAUACAGAGCGAGAGCAGCGUUACAUACCGUUCCUGGGGGAGGUCAUUAAAGUAUAAUCCUAUUGUUAUCGAUUUCGAGACACAGCCCAUCCAUGAGCUGCUGCGGCACACCAACCUGGGUCCCCUAGAGGCCAAACGUCAGAACUUGCGCCAGGCCUUGGACCAGUACCUGCUGGAGUUCAAUACCUGCCGCUGUGGACCCUGCUUCAACAAUGGGGAGCCCAUCCUCAAGGGCACCAGUUGUGUGUGUCAGUGCCCCCAGGGUCGCCGGGGCCCUGCCUGUGAGCAAAUGGAGCAACAGGGAGUCAAGGCAGAUGGCUGGUGGAGCUGCUGGAGCGCCUGGUCUGGGUGCAGAGCAGGCACCCAGGAAAGGAGGAGGGAGUGCAACAACCCCGGCCCGAAGAAUGGAGGUGCCCAAUGCCCAGGGUGGAAAGUGCAGACCCAGGCAUGCUGAGGACCUGCAGGGACAGGCCAGGACAGACACAGCAGGUGUCAACGCCUGCACUAGCCACUGCCUAAAGACCUCUUUGGGAAGAAAGAACAUGCUAACAGUAGAGAGGUUUUUCUUUAUCCUCUCUGCCCCCAGGCUUACAAACCAGCUAAGCCAUCUACAGCGAACCAUUCCAUAAGGCACAAAACAGCCAUUCAUUCAACCACGCGAUGUGGAGUGCUCCCUGGAUGGUCCUGCUCUGGGUGCUUCGGAGCAACUAAAAGAAGUGAGGAGCAAACUUGAUCCUGGUCUUAGGAGAACUUGUAGUCUGUCCAAGAGAAAAGGCGGUGGACACUUGUGAAACAAUCAAUACUCAAUAAAGCAAGGUCUGAUGAGAA